AUGCGGAAUCGUGGAACGGCUACUGUGACUAAGCAUUUCUCUUCAUGUGGAGAGAUCGUUGCUGUUCUUGUUGCUGAGUCCGACGGGUUUUGUCUCGUUAGUAUUAGGGGAGACAGAGCCACAGAGAAGGCGGUGGAGCUUAAUGGCUGCAAAUGUGAUGUUGUGGGAGGAUGUAAGAUCGUAGUUGAUGGUGUUUUGCCGGAACAUGACCGAACCAAUAUGGAGCCCAAUGAUAUGAUCUGUGGCGGCUAUGAUCUCCCAGAUUGGUUGUUUCCUCCGAAACCUAAGAUGAGUGAGGGAGACAGUGACGGGUUCUCGAGUGAGGGAGAAGAAGAGACUUUUGCUGGAGGUGCAAAAGAUAAGACUGAAUGA